UUUUUGGCCUUUCCCUCUCUUCGGGAAAUUCUUCACCUAGGGAUCUCACCUAGAGAUUUCACCUAAGGAUUUCAUCACCACCCGUUUAGGAUAUCCUUUGCCUCCCGGUUUAGUGCCAAGGCAGACGAGAUCAAAAUCUCGUUUCUGUGUACCUCAGUUUCUCGUGCGAGAGCCUCCGUGAUUUUCCGGCCUGUUAACGUUAUCUCUUGUCCUUACUCCGCCAUGAAAAUCCCGCAGAAGAUUCAGGCCGCCUUAGAUGAGGGGAGGAAGGUGUUUUCCUUCGAGUACUUCCCUCCCAAGACCGCGGAUGGCGUCGAGAAUCUGUUCGAUCGCAUGGAUCGCAUGGUCGCAUACCAGCCAGCGUUCUGCGACAUCACAUGGGGAGCAGGCGGAUCGACGGCAGAUCUCACCCUAGAGAUCGCCACCCGCAUGCAGAACAAUAUCUGCGUGGAGACGUCGAUGCAUCUGACGUGCACCAACAUGCCCGUGGAGCGCAUCGACCAGGCGCUGGAGCACAUCAAGGCCGCGGGGCUGCAGAACGUGCUCGCGCUGCGCGGCGACCCCCCGCACGGCCAGGACAAGUUCGUCGCCGCGGAGGGAGGCUUCUCGUGCGCACUCGACCUGGUGAAGCACAUUCGCGCCAAAUACGGUGAUUACUUCGGAAUCACGGUCGCGGGAUACCCAGAGGCCCAUCCCGACGCCAUCAGCGGCCCUGACGGCGCAACGCCAGAGGAGUACCAGAAGGACCUGGAGUACCUCAAGUCCAAGAUGGACGCAGGCGCGGACCUGAUAGUGACGCAACUGUUCUACGACGUGGACAUCUUCCUCAAGUUCGUGGCGGACUGCCGCGCCAUGGGCGUGCGGGCGCCCAUCAUCCCGGGCAUCAUGCCCAUCACCACGUACGGCGGCUUCAAGCGCAUGACCGCCUUCUGCAAGACCAAGGUUCCCCAGAGCAUUCUGGACGCGCUGGAGCCCAUUAAGGAUAACGAGGAGGCUGUUAGGGCGUACGGCAUCCAUCAAGGCACAGAGAUGUGCCGCCGCAUCCUGGACUCGGGCAUCUCCACGCUGCACAUGUACACACUCAACCAGGACAAGACCACCCUCGCCAUCCUCAAGAACCUCGGUCUCAUCGAGGCGGCCAACAUCCCUCGCUCGCUGCCCUGGCGGCCCGCCACCAACCUAGUGCGAUGCACAGAGGACGUUCGCCCCAUCUACUGGUCCCUCCGUCCCAAGAGCUACCUGGCGCGCACGGCUGCAUGGACCAAGUUCCCCUCGGGCCGGCUUGGACCAGCUGAGGCCCUCUCUUACAGCGACCUGCCCGACAAGCACCGGGCGUUCCUCAAGAGGAAGUCAAGGGCUGCUGCGCUCGCCAGGGACUGGGCCGUGCCCAUUGCGUCGACUGAGGACGUGAAGCAGCUCUUCACGCGGUUUGUGAGUGGCGAGGUGAGCAGCUUCCCCUGGAGCGAGGCGGUGGAGGCAACCCUCUCCCCCGACUCGGCCCCCAUCAGCGCGCAGCUGCAGGAGCUCAACGCCGCUGGGCUGCUCACAGUCAACAGCCAGCCGGCUGUCAAUGGCGCCAAGUCAGAUGAUGCUGUCCUCGGCUGGGGUGGGCCUGGGGGCUACAUCUACCAGAAGGCCUAUGUGGAGUGUUUCGCUCCGCACGACAAGGUCACUGCUCUUCUGGAGAAGGCCAAGGCCACCCCCUCCAUCUCGCUCAUGGCUGUCAGCUUGUCGGGCCACGUCUUAGCCACCGGCCCCGGCACGCCUGCGUCCACCACUCCCUUCUCUGCAAACGCGGUCACUUGGGGGGUGUUCCCCGGACGGGAGGUGGUGCAGCCAACCGUGGCGGACUUUACUUCGUUUUUGGCGUGGAAGGAUGAGGCGUUUGGCGCGUGGGUGCAGGACUGGGCGACGCUCUAUAAGGAGGAUGACGAGGGCACGCCAAUGGCCAAGAAGCUGCUUCAAGAGAUCCACGACACGUACUACCUAGUCAGUGUCGUCGACAAUGACUAUGUCAAUGGUGACAUAUUUGCUCUCUUCGCUGGGAUUUAACUGGCGCUAUUCUCCAAAUACAGGGUCGACGAUGGUUGACUAAGGUUUUGCCACAGUCUGUGGUUCUAGAUAGUGAAGGUGUUAGAUGCAUAUGGAUGGAGGAGUUAGACAAUUAUUAUUAAUUUUGCUUUACGUUACUCCUUUAAUUUCUUAGGUAGAAUGGUGCGGUACUGUGCGGUUUUGCGGCUAUGGGCACUCGCCACUUCCCCCAGGUCCAGUGCCGUUCAUCGCGAUCAGUGUAAUUUUUGGAC